CACACACACAAAGGGGGUGUGGACUGGUCCAUGCCUCAAAAAUCUACAGCAGCUAGACUUGACAAACCAUCAAAGGUUUCACAUCACAACAAGCUGCAGCUCAUCGAAGUCACACAGCUCACCUCGGCUCUCAAGAUGGGAAAGAUCAACGGCUGCCUGAAAUGUCUCUUCAUCUUCUUCAAUGUGGUCUUUGCCAUCGUUGGAUGUCUGUUGAUCUUUGGGUUGGUGAAGGCCAGCAUCUACAGCAACCAGCUGUCGGCGGUGGGGGCCCCCGGGCUCGGCUGGGGAUGGGUGUUUGCCAUCGGUGUCCUUGGCAUUUCCUGCCUGGGAAUCUACGCCGGAAGCUCUGAAAAAGAGCUGGCCCUCAAGAUUUUUGCAGGCUUCAUGGGCGUUGGAAUGAUCAUUAUGCUGAUCUUUGGCAUCGUCGUGGUUGUGAUGAGAAACAAGGUCAGAGACAAUUUCCGCAGUGCCUCUUCGGAAGUGGUCAAGCCCUACAUGGCACAGGAAGGAUUCAGAAUUGUGCUGAAUGAGCUCCAACACACUGGUCAGUGUUGCGGCUUGACCAGCGCCAGCGACUGGGGCGACGACAUCCCCUCCACCUGCGAGUGCCAAACGGGCAGCUUCGGAGCAUUCGGAAAGUCUGAAUGCAAAGCCCGACCGCAGGGAACCACAGGCCCUAAUCAGAUCUAUGCACAAACGUGCGGCGAAUUCAUCAUCAUUUGGUCUGACUUCCUCUUCAACGUCACCAUGGGCGUCUUGUUUAGCUUCGCCGUCACUGCACUUCUGGGCCUGCUGGUGUCCCUCCUGAUGAUCCACCAGGUCAGGCGCCACGAUCAGGGCGGGGCGUCGUCCAUGGCCAUGAAGGGCUACUGAGAAAACCAGACGGAUUUUUGUCUUUUUCUUUUUCUUGCUUUGAGCUUUUUGUUGUGAUAUUUGUAGCGAGGCUGCAGGGUCGGAAGAGCGAACACAUUUAUUUACCAAGCGUCUUCAUUACAGGAAAGACCAGCUCUGCUUUCUGUCAGAAAUGUUUGACCUUACUGUAAGUUUUUAUUCAUGUUUGUGGCAUUUUAUUACAAAAUUACUUUAUCAUCUUCUAUUUUGCAAUGAGUCAGUCUGAAGUGCACUGAAGUCUCUUUUAUAGCAACAUUAAAUUGUCUUUUAUACCAACCUUCAACUGUAUUCAACUGUACCGAUAUUAAUGUCUUUUAUAAGAACAUUAAAUUGUCUCUUCUACCAAAAUAAAUUGUCUUUUC